ACCACAAAUGUGGAGAAGAAGACUAUGGAAAGAUAAAAUAAGUGUGUUUGUUUUAAUGAGAUUAAGAGAUUACAAUGUUUAUGCAGAUUACUUUAUAAACCGGAUUGAGGGAGAGGUACAGAAUCUCUGUCCAUUUUCAGGGUGGAGGAGACCUCAUCGUAAGCGGCAACAAUGCCGGUCAUAAAUGUAGAAGAACUGACAGACCUGGAUAAGGCUAAAAUGGAAGUAACCCAGCUCAAAGUUGAGGUGAAGCUGGAAAGGGCGAAGGUGUCCAAAUGCUGUGAAGAGAUUUCGGAGUACAUUCAGGGCGGAGCAGAAGAGGAUCCUUUGGUCAAAGGCAUUCCAGAGGAGAAGAACCCAUUCAAGGAGAAAGGUGGAUGUGUCAUUUGCUAAUGUGGAUGACUUUUGCAGCUUAGUGUUUAAGCUAACUGCUUAAAUUUAACCAUAGCUGGAAUCCACUCUACUGCCCGAAAAAAGGACAAUCACAAACAUGGAUAGAUGUUCGAAUAACAAAUGGCUUGUAAAUGAGUCCCUAAGGGGAGUCCCUAUGAGACCCUCAUAUGUUGUGUAUUCAUCUUUGAAGUGAUGUAAUAAAUCUGACUACCAUUGUGCACUGA